AUGGUGUACACCAGCAGCCGUGUCGGAACGCGUACCCUCAUUAAGGCAGCCGUACUGUGUGCCCUCAGCUUGAGCGUCAUUCCCUCGGCAUGCGCCGAAAACUCGCAGGAUGCCAGCACAGCGGCCGACGUCGACGUCUGCGGAAUUUCCGACGGUGACAAGAGCGUCGGAAUUCGCGUGGUCGACGACAGCUCGUGCGCUUCGGGCGGUCUUGGCUGCUACAACGACCACUGCCGGUUCUGCAAGAUCCUGGAGACGCCGCAGUCGUCCGCGUUCGAGAACUGCACGACGUUCGGCGUCGACUUCCCCACGAUGGCUCCGUUGGUUGUGUCCACCGGCACCUGCGAUGUGUCGAGCGGCGAUGCGGCCGUCGGCAUUUCGGCUGUGACCGACACUGCCUGCCUGUACGGUGGUCUGGGCUGCUUCAAUGACCACUGCCGCUUUUGCAAGCUUGAGACGACGGCCCAGUCCGAAGCUUUCGUCAACUGCUCCGACUACAACGUCACUGCCGGUUCGUCGACUGAUGGGCCGGCCGAUACUGCGACGGACGCCCCCGUCACUACUGUCACUACCGACGGCUGCACGCUUGUGCCUGCUGAAGGCGACGUGGAGAUCGGCAUCAGUAUCGGAAUGGAUCCGACGUGCAGUGCCGGUGGUCUCGGAUGCAUCAACGAUGUCUGCCGCUUUUGCCGUGUGAGAACUACUGCCAAGUCCGCCACGUACCUCGACUGCGCCUUGCUCGGCACGAGCGCCGCUGGCUCUGGAACUGCCGGAUCGAUGGAUGCACCGACAUCCGUCGAGACUCCGGCAGCGACGCCGGCUGUUGCCGCGGCGACUACGGCUGCCCCGGUUGCAGCCACGACGUGCACUAUCGCGCCGUCGGUGGGCGACUCCGCUGUCGGCAUCAGCAUCGUCACCGACGCCACGUGCGUCUCCGGCGGCAUCGGUUGCAUUACCGACGUCUGCCGAUUCUGCAAGAUCACGACCUCGCUCCAGUCGGCGGCUUUCCUGGACUGCUCGCAGUUCUCGACCGGCAGCUCGACCUCGGAUGUGCCCGUCACUCCCGCUGCUACCACCGAGACUCCAUCGGUGACGCCCGCCACUCCGGACGCCACCACCGAAGCACCCGUCACGUCAACGGAUGCCCCCGCUACCGAGACGGAGGCUCCUGCUGCUACCACGGCGGCUUCAGUCCAGGGAGGGUGCUCUCAGACCGUGUCCGAGGGCGAUGCCGCCGUUGGCAUCCAGAUUGUCUCGGACGCCUCGUGCAGCGCCGGCGGAGUUGGCUGCAUCGACAACGUCUGCCGGUUCUGCAAGGUGAGGACCACCGACCAGUCUGCGGCGUUUGUCGACUGCACGUCGAUCAGCGGAACUGCUGCGACUACCGAUGCCCCCACUGAAGCUCCGACGGAUGCCCCUACUGAAGCCCCGACGGAGGCUCCUACCGAGGCGCCCUCUGAGGCCCCCACUGAGGCACCGACGGAGGCACCCACCGGUGAAACGUGCACCCAGACGGUCUCUGAAGGCGACGCUGCUGUUGGCAUUAAGAUCGUGACGGACACGUCGUGCCUGAACGGCGGCGUGGGCUGCAUCGACAACGUGUGCCGCUUCUGCAAGCUCACUACGACGGACCAGUCCGCUGCCUUCGUCGACUGCUCCUCU